AUGUCUCCUGUGGCUGCUGCAGAGCCCACUGAGGACCAACACAACAGGCAUGUCAGCAAGCUCAUUUUCUUCCUCUUUGUCUUUGGCGCCAUCCUGUUGUGUGUGGGAGUCCUGCUGUCCAUCUUUGGGUUCCAAGCAUGCCGAAAUGAAGCUCUGGUCAACUGCAGCCUGGUGCUGAAGGUCGCCGGGCCCUCCUGUGCCGUGGUUGGCCUGGGAGCUGUGAUCCUUGCCCGUUCCCGGGCACGACUUCAGUUCCUGGAGGGGCAGCAGCGAGGCAACCAGGCAGACCCAGACCGAGCCUUCAUCUGUGGAGAGAGUCGCCAGUUUGUCCAAUGCCUCAUCUUUGGGUUUCUCUUCCUGACAAGCGGCCUGCUGAUCAGCAUACUGGGCAUUUGGGUCCCUGGAUGUGGCUCAGACUGGGAGCAAGAGCCACUGAAUGAGACAGUUGCCAUGGACACUGAACACCAGAUCUGUGGGUUCCUGACUCUGCAAAUCAUGGGGCCCUUGAUUGUACUUGUGGGAUUAUGCUUCUUUGUUGUUGCCCAUGUUAAGAAACGAAACACCUUGAAUGUGGGCCAGGAUGCCUCGGAAAAUGAAGAAGGACAGAGCCAGAGCAUGGAGCCCGUCCAGGUCACUGUAGGUGAUGCGGUGAUUAUAUUCCCACCUCCUCCACCACCUUACUUUCCUGAGUCUUCAGCUUCUGCAGUAACACAAAGUCCUCAGGCUAAUGGUUUGCUUCCGACUGAAAAUCCACCUUCAUAUUACAGUAUCUUCAACUAUGGCAGGACCCCAACCCCUGAAGGCCACAGUGCAGCCUCUGAGAGAGAUGGUGAAUCUAUAUAUACAAUUUCUGGGACUGGUUCAUCCUCAGAGAUGUCACCCACUCCACAUCUUCCAUCUGAAUCACCUCCUAGAUAUGAAGAAAAAGAAACCACUGCAGCUACAUCUCUGUCUCCAGCUUCUGAGCUGUCCCCACCCUGA